AUGAGUCACGCAAAGGAUAUUGGCCGUCGAAGACUGGAAUAUAACGACGUUCUCCUUAGCCGGCUCAAAGACGAGAUUGCGUGGGACAAAGAUAAGCCCUGCAUUCAGGGCGCUGUCUUGAAGGACCCUGAGUCGGCAACUCUCACGCGAGAAGAGUUGAUCAGUGUGAGCCUCAGUAUGAUGGCAGGCGCCGACUCAAACCAGCCUACCUUGGCUUGGGCUAUUCUUCUACUUGCACACCGCCCUGAUAUUCAAGGCAAAGCAUAUGCCGCCAUUCGAGAUGCUGGUGUUCUCCAGCAACCAUCCAACAUAUAUGCUUCUACGAAGGUUGAUUACAUAGAUGCACUGACAAAAGAGAUCUCGAGAUACUUUGUCGUUUUGAAGCUCGCGCUACCAAAGGCAACGUACGCUGAUGCUACUUGGGGAUCCGCCACGAUCCCGGCCAACACUCUGGUUUUCUUGAACAGCUGGUCCUGUAACAGAGAUCCUGACUUGUUCAAGGAGCCCGAAGUAUUCGCCCCUGAGCGUUGGCUUCCAGAUGCACCAGACCAAUACGCGCAUCAAUUCGCCUUCGGUAUGGGUGGAAGGAUGUGCGUAGCGUCUCACCUCGCACACAGCGCCUUGUAUACAGCCUUUUUGCACUUGAUCGCCCGAUUCAAGAUCUUGCCUGGAGAUGGUAAGGACCAUGUAGAGAUUGAUCCGAUCGAAGGGCUUGAUGGACUCUCGUUCGUUGCCAAACCGAAAGGUUUCCAGGCAAAGUUUGUGCCUAGAGAUGGAGCACGACUAGAAGAUUGGUUGGAGAGCCCUGGUGAAUGCUUGUAG